AUGGAGGGUAUUGUAGGAGAUCCUGGAGAGAGGGGAGCUCCUGGAGAGAAGGGGAGGCCUGGUGUCCAAGGGCCUGUGGGCAGAGCUGGCACCAUCGGACCAAAGGGCAUUGUAGGAGAUCCAGGUUUACCUGGCAGAGAUGGCGAUCCUGGAAUAGAGGCUUAUCAAGGACCACAAGGUUUUAGCGGAAGGCUUGGACAGAGUGGAGCAAAGGGGGAGAAAGGCAUCCUGGGGCCCACAGGAGAAAUGGGUCCCAAAGGCCAAACUGGCCCAAGAGGUUACAAGGGUUCUGCAGGGAAGCCAGGAAGACCUGGAUUUAUCGGCCCACCAGGACCCACUGGACACAUGGGUGUUUCUGGAAAACCAGGGCCUAAGGUAACACAGCCUCAUCCAUUAGAAAUACACCAUGAAUGCAAAACUGCUAAUUACAGUAAUGCCACAAUUACUUUUCUCAUUUGCCUUGCACAGGGUGACACAGGAUUCCAGGGAGUCAAAGGAGUUCAAGGUGCACAGGGACAAAACGGAGCUAAGGGCCCAAAAGGAAGGGUUGGAGACGGGGGGGAGCAUGGUCCUCAGGGAGGCCGGGGGAAGCGUGGCCCAGCAGGCCUACCUGGACCGUCGGGCCCUGUUGGAGCCAAAGGGGUUCGGGGUGAAGAAGGACCAGAUGGCUUUCAGGGGCCCCCGGGUCCACCAGGUCCAACCCUCCCCGCUCAACAUGUGAUUGAGGUCUGUAAGAAAGUGGUUCUGGAGCAGAUGUCCACCUUUGCCAAUUCAGUAAGGAGAACAUGUGCAGCGGUUUGUCCUCUCUACGGGGAUGUACCCAUGGGUGCACCUGGUCCCCCCGGACAGAAAGGACCCCCCGGGCCUCCUGGUGACCCUGGUAAUGAUGGCAUUGAUGGAGAAGUGGGCCCACCGGGCUUCUAUGGAGAAGCCGGAGAACCGGGCCAAAAAGGAGAAACAGGUGACAGAGGAGAGAGAGGUGACAAAGGAGCUAAGGGUUAUGGCCUACCUGGCUACACAGGAGAUCAUGGACCAAAAGGUCAGCGUGGGCGUCCUGGCAGAGCCUUUAAUGGGCAGCCAGGGAAGCAGGGUGAGAGGGGCCAUGUAGGCCGACCUGGACUCAGGGGCUACCCAGGUCUCAGAGGACCUCCAGGUGUCUGUGCCACCUCUGGGUGUGCUCAGCUCAACUCCACCAGUGGGACACCUCCACCAGGGCUGCGGAGGUUGAGGAAUCGUCCGUAGAGUAAAAUAGAGUCUGUGUGGACGGUGAAUUGAAUAUUGAGCUCAAAGGAGGAAAAUAUGGUUUGUUUCUUUGUUGGAAUAAAUCCAAAUGUUCAUGUAAAUACGCAGCUGAAACCUAAAGUGCAGUUUUGGGAACAAAGGUUACCAACGAUAACACCUGUGUGAUUUGAUGGAGAGUGGUAACAGCAUGCA